CGGCAACUUGGUGCAUGCUGACAGCUGUUUACAAAAAGGGGUGUGAACUCACAUAGGCUAUGCAUUUUCGAGUUGUUGCUAUCCACCUGUUACGAGUCUAGUGCAAAGGAAUAUAAUGGCGUUCACCGUUCUUGAGCGAAUAAAUGCAUGGUUACUCGAAGCGUGCAUGGGAGUACUAUUCGUGAUGUUUAAGUUACUGUCGCCGCGGCAGUCCGGUCAACCUAGAAAACUCCCACCAGUUACCAAUCCCUUAUUGACAAUGUCUGCGAUGCAGCUCGCGGAGAAGAUUCGUCUUAGAGAGGUGUUGAGUGUGGAGGUAGUACAGGCCUACAUAGACAGGAUCCAGGAGAUUAAUCCUUUGAUCAAUGCCAUGGUUAAGGACAGGUUCUCGGCUGCCCUGCAGGAGGCGGCCCAGGCAGACAGGCUGGUUGAGGAGGAGAGGGGGGGAGAGGAGGUCCUGAAGGACAAGCUGCCUCUGCUGGGGGUCCCUCUUAGUGUCAAAGAGGCCUUCUCCUUGCAAGGCAUGCCCAACUCGGGUGGCUUGUUGUCGAGGCAGCGAGUGUUGGCAUCGGUGGACUCGCCCCCCGUGGCGUACCUGAAGAGAGCGGGGGCUAUCCCAUUGGGCGUGACCAACUCCAGCGAACUGUGCAUGUGGUUGGAGUCCCACAACCCCCUCUACGGCAUCACCAACAACCCCUACGACCUGGAGAGGAUACCUGGGGGAAGCUCAGGAGGAGAGGGCAGUCUGCUGGGAGGAGCUGGGUCCGUCAUAGGGGUGGGGUCUGACAUCGGAGGGAGCAUCCGCAUGCCUUGUUUCUUCAAUGGAAUAUUUGGCCAUAAAACAACACCAGGGGUGGUUUCUAAUGAGCACCAGUACCCUCCUUCCUCUGGUCUCCACGCCGACUACCUCAGCACGGGGCCCAUGUGUCGCUAUGCUGAGGACCUACUGCCCAUGCUCAGAAUCAUGGCUGGGCCCAACAUUCACAAGCUGUCUCUAUCCACGGAGGUGGACCUGAGGACACUGAGGAUCUUCACCAUCCCUCAUGAUGGUGGUUCUCUUCUGGUGUCUCCUGUGGACCAACAGCUUAUUCACGCCCAGAGAAAGGUGGUGGAGCACCUGGAGGCUGACCUGGGGGUCAGGGUUCAGGAGGUGCGACUGGAUGGCCUCAAGUAUUCCUUCCAGAUCUGGAACACCUUCAUGAACCUGCCUGACCACGAGGGCAAGCCUCCCCAACCCUUUGCAGAGCUGCUGGGGGAGCCGGGGAAGCCAGCGAAGCCCGUGUGGGAACUGCUGAAGUGGACGGUGGGAAGGUCAUCUCACACCAUGGCUGCCAUUGGCCUGGUUCUGAUCGAGAUGACCAGCUCCAAAGCGUCUCCGUUCGUCCUCCAGCUGAAGGAGCAGCUUCAGCUGGAGGUGGAGGAGCUCCUGGGGGAUGAUGGGGUUCUGCUCUAUCCCAGCCACCCCCACCUGGCCCCCAAACACCACCACCCUCUUUUCACCCCCUUCAACUUCUCCUACACUGGCAUCCUGAACAUCUUGGGCCUCCCCGUGACCCAGUGUCCUUUGGGGCUGAGUGAGGAGGGCCUCCCCCUGGGGGUGCAGCUGGUGGCUGGGAAGAGUCGGGACCAGCUGCCCCUGGCCAUGGCCCUGCACCUGGAGAAAGCAUUUGGGGGCUGGAGGGACCCUGGUGCCUCUUGAGCCCUGGACCCCCCACGCCAGACCUCUUCCCUGGCCUGGCUGGAGACAAAACCAUGCCUAUUUAUUUUCCAAUUAAAAUCCCUUUGAUUCAGAAGUAAAUUCAAGUGGCUUGCUGGUACACACCUGACUGCUGUUGGACAUGACCAGUCCUGUGGUCGGGGGGAUUCAGCAUAAACGCGUGGCAGUUUCAGUAUAGUUGCCUUUUUGCACACAACAAAUGAAAUAUUUUUGCAUGA